UCAGGGGCCUCUAGAAACCACAGGACCAGGCUGCGCCCCCGCAGCCGGCAGGAUGGCAGAGGGCAAGGCGGGCGGAGCGGCUGGCCUCUUCGCCAAGCAGAUGCAGAAGAAGUUCAGCAGGGCCCAGGAGAAGGUUCUGCAGAAAUUGGGGAAAACCGUAGAAACCAAAGAUGAGCGAUUUGAACAAAGUGCCAGCAACUUCUAUCAACAGCAGGCAGAAGGCCACAAGCUGUACAAAGAUCUGAAGAACUUCCUUAGCGCAGUCAGAGUGAUGCAUGAGAGCUCCAAGAGACUCUCCGAGACCCUGCAGGAGGUCUACAGCAGCGACUGGGACGGGCACGAGGACCUGAAGGCCAUCGUGGGGAACAAUGAUCUCCUUUGGGAAGACUAUGAAGAAAAACUGGCUGACCAGGCUUUGAGGACCAUGGAGAAUUAUGUGUCCCAGUUCAGCGAGGUUAAGGAGAGGAUUGCCAAGCGGGGCCGGAAGCUGGUAGACUACGAUAGUGCCCGCCACCACCUGGAGGCCGUGCAGAAUGCUAAGAAGAAGGAUGAGGCCAAGAUGGCCAAGGCAGAGGAAGACUUCAGCAAGGCCCAGGUUGUGUUUGAAGAUCUGAACCAGGAACUCCUGGAGGAGCUGCCUGUUCUUUAUAACAGUCGCAUUGGCUGCUAUGUGACCGUCUUCCAGAACAUUUCCAACCUAAGAGAUGUUUUCUACAGGGAGAUGAGCAAGCUGAACCACAAUCUCUAUGAAGUGAUGAGCAAACUGGAGAAGCAGCAUUCCAACAAAGUCUUCGUGGUGAAGGGCCUGUCAAGCAGCAGCAGGCGCUCCUUGGUCAUCUCUCCCCCGGUGCAAAGCUGCACAGCCUCCAGCCCUGUCAGCCCCGUGACCUCGCCCACCAGCCCCUGUGCCCUCUCUGUGACCAGUGAGAGUGAGUCUGUCUCAGCCACAGGAGAGGAGCUGACCUCUGGGGUAGGGGGAGAGGACAGCUGUGAGAGUGAAGAGUCCUUAAAGGACGAGGAAGUGGAUGAAGACCAGUCAGAAACAAGCUCUUCAGGGGACGAGGAGGAGGAGGACGACGAAGAGCCUCUGCCAGCCUGCAAUGGCCCCACCCCGGCCGCGGCCUCUCCUGCAGCUGAGGUCAAGCCCCAGGAGGACGCUGCCCUGUGCUCCCCAGCCCCGUCUCUGGGCAGAGGUCAGACCGGGAAGGAGCACCCUCCCUCCGGGGAAGUGGUCCUCCGUGCCCGUGCCUCCAGCGAGGGCGCAGAGCAGAGCAAAAGAGCAGCAUCUGUCCAGAGGACAUCGGCUCCACCCAGCAGGCCUCCACCACCCAAAGCCUCGGGCAGCGGGCCCUGUAGCCCCCAAGGCUCUGCAGAGGGGUCGCAGCCAUGCCCCAGGACCUCCUCAGACGCCUCUUCCAAUCCAGAACUGCCAGAGACCAGAGAAAAGGAAAACGCUGGCAGCUCGGGACCAUGUGCCGCCUCCACCAAGAGCGCCACCCAGGUAUUUGCAAGUGAAAACACAGAACUCUGAACCGCCAAGGACCUCACCUCGCCAAGGACCUCUUCUCUCCAAGGACCUCACCUCAGCUGUCCAGAGAAGUUUCUCAAGCAAAGGGCCAAGGGAACAAGCCACAACCCAGCCACACUCCGGCAGUGUGGACGUGUGCCCUCAGAGACCCGCCACUGCUAGAGUCUGCACCAGCCUGAAGGAAGAGGGCACCACACGCAGGACAUUUCACCAGAGGCUUGAGCAGUACUACUAGAAGCAGGGCUGUAAAAAUGCCAAAGGAACGCUUCCUUCCGUCCACACAUUCGAAGGACAUGCGUCCAGCUAGGCACUCACUUGGCCGGGAGCUAACGCUGAAACAUUCUUCACUAGUAAAUAAAGUAUGGUCUUGACUAA